GAGGAAGGGGGCGAUGUCGAAACCACAGACAAUGGAGGCACGACACCUUUAUAUUUGGCAGUCGAGAAUGGGCAUGCGGAUGUCGUGAAGUUAUUACUUCAAGCAGACGCAAAAGUCAAUGGAAGAUCACGGGGAGGAGAGACAGCCCUGCAUGCGGCUUCAAAAUAUAAUAGGGCAAAUAUGGUCGACUUGUUGCUUCAAGAGAGGGAUGUGGAUGUGAACGCCUCAAGGAACUCGGGCUUUACGCCCUUGAGUUUGGCUUGCAUCCACAGUCAUUUAGCAGUUGCAAUCCGGCUGCUCGCAGACAAACGGGUGAACGUCAAUGCUCCCGAUAUCAGAGCAGAAACUCCUUUACAUUAUGCCGUACUUCGAGACGACACAGCAAUGGUCAAAUUACUU